AUGUCUUAAGAUCGAGGUUUUGAUUAGGGAUUAUCAGGUCAAUCCUCUCAAUCACUUUCUCAUUAGUAGGAUUAGAAAGGUUUGAAUUAAUUUUCUAUUGAUUUUUUUAUUGAAAAGAGAUUUAUCACUUAAGAAGAUUUAAAAUCAAUUUUAGAGGAUGUUAGAGUAAUUAAUUUAAAUAUAACAUUUUAGUGCUUAUAUAAUAUUUAAACAAUAAAACUUAAUCCAUAGAAUCAAAUCCCAGGUUUGGAUGGAACAGCAUUUUCUAUAAUAGAUCAUGAUGAAAAUAAAUUAAAUGCAAGAUGUGAUGCAGUCAAUAAAAUAUUAUAAUUAAUAGAACAAAGAAACAAACAAAAAUUAGAAAUAUUUAUGCUGAUUCCAGAAGGUAAAAUAAAAUAAUUAUAUAGGGACUGUCUCAACUGUAAUAGGAACUUAGGGAAAAUAAAUAGAAUCCAUUAAAUUAGAAACUAAAGCUCAUUUAGUAGUUAAUUAACCAAUUUAUGAAUUCUAAUUAAGAACAGUAACAAUUCUUGGUAAAAUAUUUGCAUAAUAAUAUUAUUAUAGGUGAAUCUUCUCGCAUAUUUAAUGCAUUUAAGUUGAUUAUUAAGUAAUUAUAGGAAAGAGGAAUUUCAAAUGAAGAUUAUGCUAAAAAAGCUGAGCCUUUGGAUCCAAAAAGAGUAAUGACAAAAGUAUUGUUAAUUAAUAUUAGAGGCCAAAUUUGCUUUUUUGAGUGUGAUAAUAGAAUAUAUAUUAAAGAAUAGAGAGUUAGAGAAAAAGUAUUCAGUAAGAUUGAAGGGGAAAGGAAUAAAUGAUAUAAAAAUAAAAGUAUAAUAUAUGUGAUAGAUAGAAAAACAAAUUGAGAAAGGAUGAAGGAAUUUUAUAAAUAGAUGGAACAUUAUUUAAUGUUUAAGAGGCGAUAUCAAAUAUAAUAAAGAAAGUAACUUAGUAAUUCAAAAAGAAUGAAUUUGAUAUAAGAAUAGUUAUGCCUUCUAAUUUUGCAUCUAAAUUAAUAGGAGCAAGUAAAGAUUAAAUAAAUUUGAUAAAAUAGAAGGAUGUUAGAUAAAAGAAUUAGCCAAUAAAGCUAGAGGAGCAUAGAUAAAAGUACUUUCAGAUAAGGAUGAUAGUGAUAUCGUUUAAGGUUACAAUGUUAAGGAAUUUUAGAUUGUUUAGUAUAAGUGUCAGGAUCAAUGGAAAAUAAGUAGGAAGCAACAAUAUUGAUUUUGGAAUAGAUAGAAUGUUUUAAAAAUGGAGGCCCAGUAUAUAAAUAAUUAAUAAGAUCCUUGAAAGUGGAAAGUACAUAAAUGAAAACUUUGCAUAAUAAUACAAAAACUCAGUGUAGAUAUAGGACAUGAAACAAAAGAGGUGAUUGUGAUAGAAUUAAUAAAUUAGACAUUAAUCAUCAUCAUCAGAUUCAAACAGAAGACAAAGAUCAAGAUCCUCAAAUAAAAGAUAAAAAUAUUUAAAAAGAUCUAGAUCAUCGAGGUAUUUAAUAUUAAUAUAUAUUUAAGUUCUAGUAAGCACAAACCUAAAUAAUAAGUGCUUAAGACUAAAAUUAUUGUUAAGUAAUCUAUAAUUCAAUAAAUGCAUAAAUAAUUAGUUCGAUUUUGUUCAGAUUUAAAUGUUAAGAUAAAGACUUUGCCUUCAGUAUUAUUAUUAUAUUAUUUAUUAAUAGGAUAUAGGAUAAGAAGCAGUCGUUAAGAUCAGUGGAGAUUUUAGAGGCUGCAUAUCUGUUAUUUAAUAUAUAUUAAAUGAGUAAUGUAAAUUAUCUAAGAGAUGA